UUGGGAGCUUCGCAAAUUCGAUUCAAAGAAAGUUCGAGGGCGGCGGGCACUGCCAAUGCGUCACUGGGAAAUGAAAGAGUUGCGGCUAGCCAGGCGUUUUCUGUUCAGGUUGGUUCAGUGCAAAGAAGAAACGAUAGAAGUGACCUGCCCAUUGAAAAUUUUGCCAUUUCUUUUCAAAAAGAAGCCGAGUAUAUUUGCACGGAAGCUACAAUGGACAGGGAAAGAAGUAAAAUGCAUGGAAGCAGGGAUACCGUGCCAAGUCGAAAUUAUGCCAUAUCCAGAUCAACGGAAAUGGUUUCUGAUUUGGUUAUUAGAAAAACAGGAGGUGGCUCUACAGCUGACAUGGAGAAGGAAAAAUGCGGUGAAAGAAGUUUGGUUUCAAAUUCUGUUGUACCUGGGCCUGACAGGAGGAAAGUUCUUGGUGCAAGAACCUUGGCUUCGACUUCCCUUGCUACAGCUCAAAGAAGAAAGGAUGUUUUGGGCAUGCCAGUGGAAAAUCUCUCCUCCAUUCAUGAAAAGACCGAGAUUCAUAUACAUCAAAAGGUUGAAAAAAAGAAUAAAACUCAGGUAAAGAAAGCCGAGGAUAAAGAUAAAAUCACCAAAGAGAAGAAAAAAGAGGAGAAUAUAUUGGAGAAUGCUGAAGCUAGAGUGGCUAAUAAGUUCAGAAACUAUGGAAAGAAGGAUCAAGUAGAUACUCUAAAUUGCAAGCCGUUAGCCCCUCAUAAAGACAAUGCAAUUGGUACUGAAUGUGUGGAUGGAACUAUGAAAAAAAGAAAGAACCUCGACACCAAUGGCUAUAUAAAAGAAAAUGAUGAACGGCCUGGAAAGAUACCAAGGCUAUGGGAACUACAUCUCACGGCUCCAUCUAGCAUUUCCUUGAGACCAGAUCGAUUAUUAGAAAACAAGGAAAGAUUGAUAAAUGGCAACGCAAUUUCCAAGUAUCUGAGCCAGAUCUACACCGUUCCGAAAAUGGUGGAAUUGCCUGAGCUUGAUGACCAGGAAUGGCUUUUCAACCUCCAUGAUUCUCUGCAGAAGUCUAAAACAGAGCUCAAGGCUGAUAAAAUACCUCAGUUAUUUGCCCAGGCAAUGCGGAUUGAUUCGGCUGAUAUAUUAGCUCUGCCGUAUGUAGUUCCAUUCUGAUGCAGAGCCCUGCAUUGGGUACCCAUAUUCACGCCCAUCAAUAUCUUAUAUUACUGCUAUCCUCAGUACGCAGUGUGCAGCAUUUAACCACGCUGCGACUACGGUAAAUUCUGAUGUGGCUUGAAAGUUUGCAAUCAGAGCAAAGAGCAACAGGCCUCAAGGUCAUCAAUCCAUGGCAGACUGC